AUGGAUAGAACAUUUCUGAAGAUGGUUCACAUAUUUUCAUUGUUUGUCACAGGGUACUCACAAUCAACAUGCAGACCUCCGCUACCUGAUGGGAUACCCUACUGCUGUCCUUUCUACUUUUUAAAACAAAACGUAUGUGUCGAAUGUCCCGCUGGAUACAACAAGUCACCCAGUGGUAACAACUGCAGCGUCCCUUGUCGUCAUCCAUCAUACGGAGCUCGGUGUGAGAGUGUGUGUAACUGUUCUAAGGAGGACUGUCACCACGUCGACGGAUGUCCUGUGACAAGUACUAAAGGAACUUUCCAGAAAAACUCUUCGAUCCAUUAUUUAUCCACUUUAUUUUACACAGGUAAAAAAUUAUGCAACGCUUUUUACAGAUUAAGUUCUAAACACAAUUAAACUGCUAAAUACUUGAG